UCUCUCUUCUCUCCGCUGCCGCCGUCGGACUCUUUUUCCUCCGGACUCAGACUGAAGGACCAUGCGGCAGUCCAACAGGAGCUUCUCGUCUCCUCUUCAGGGUCUCUUCCUGACAUGAAGGACUGAAACCUGAGGACUUGGCGCCCCCUCCUGGACUCUUCUGGACCUGCAGACCAUGGCUGAGCCCAGCUACUCUGACCUGAUCGCCAAACACUACAACUACACAGGGAAGUUCCGUAAGACGGAGCCGGACGCGGGUCUGAAGGCGGACUCGGUGGUCUUCAUCAUCGUGUGCUGCUUCAUCAUCCUGGAGAACGUCCUGGUCCUGCUCACCAUCUGGAGGACCAAGAAGUUCCACAAGCCCAUGUACUACUUCAUCGGGAACCUGGCGCUGUCCGACCUGUUGGCGGGCGUGGUCUACACCGCCAACAUCCUGCUGUCCGGCGCCAACACCUACAAGCUGACGGCCACACAGUGGUUCUUCAGGGAGGGCAGCAUGUUCGUGGCGCUGGCGGCGUCUGUCUUCAGUCUGCUCGCCAUCGCCAUCGAGCGCCACCUCACCAUGCUGAAGAUGAAGCUGCACAACAACGGGAACACGUGCCGCGUCUUCCUGCUGAUCAGCACGGUGUGGAUGAUCGCGGCAGUGCUGGGCGGUCUGCCGGUCAUGGGCUGGAACUGCAUCCGGAGCAUGAGCCGCUGCUCCACGGUGCUGCCGCUCUACCACAAGACCUACAUCCUGUUCUGCACCACCGUCUUCAGCAUCAUCCUCAUGGCCAUCGUGGCGCUGUAUGCCAGAAUCUACACCCUGGUGCGUACGCGGAGCCGCAAACUGAUGUUCCGCAAAGUGACCAAUGGACGCGGCAACGCCGGCGCCAACAGCAAGAGUUCGGAGAAGUCCCUGGCGCUCCUGAAGACCGUCAUCAUCGUGUUGAGCUGCUUCAUCGCUUGCUGGGCGCCGCUCUUCGUCCUCCUGCUGCUGGACGUGGCCUGCGAAACGCUGACCUGCCCCAUCCUCUACAAGGCCGAGUGGUUCCUGGCGCUCGCCGUCCUCAACUCGGCCAUGAACCCGCUCAUCUACACGCUGACCAGCAACGAGAUGCGCCGCGCCUUCAUCAAGACGCUGCUGUGCUGCGCCGCCUGCGUCCGGCCUUCCGCCAAGUUCUCGGGGCCCAUCGUGGGGGCGGAGUUCAGCCGCAGCAAGUCCGAUAACUCCUCCCACCCCAACAAGGAGGAGGCGGAGUAUUCGCCCAAGGAGACGACGGUGGUGUCGUCCAACGUCACCUCGUCCUCCUAAACAUAGACCCACUGGUGUACAGGUAGAAUGAACCAGGUGAGGAUGAGUCCACCAACUGACCUGGACCCGUCUGUAGAGGACCUGGACCUGUCUGUAGAGGAUCAGGACUCCGUCUGUAGUGGAUCAGGACUCAGACCUGAUGGAGAUUUCCGGACCAGUCCAAGUGGAACCAUGGAACCGUCCCUUUGCAUGUGUUGACAGUUGUAACCUGUAGUCAGUCCUAACCCUGCCCCCCCACCUGGAGGAGGACCAGCUGAUGGGUCUGAGGAUCCACCUGGGUCAGGUUCAGCUGAACCCACCUGGGGGAUGUGGAUCCUGGUGGUCCAAAGUCCACCCUCCGACCCCCUUAACCAGACUCUGUAUGAAUGAUUCAGAAUCAAAUGAAUUUGAUGAUUUUAGAACAGCUGAUAAUUGAUCUGCAUCUGCACAGGAAGAAGAAGCACUAGAAGAAGAAGCACACCUUUUACACCAGGGGGGGCUGAAAAGUUUGGAGCCUAAC